UGAGCACAUAACAGUGAGUGCCUUGGAGAACGCUUGGAACGAUUUCAUAUUCAUUAAUCGCUAUGAUGAUUUGCUUGAAGUCAAAGGACGUCGUCUAUACAACCACGGCUAUUCUGUUAGUGCUUUUCGCUGUUUAUGAAUUUGCUGAAAGCAAACCAACAUUUCCAGCCAAGGAAAUUGAGGAUUUAGAUCUCUUAGCCGGGGACAUGGCAACGGCAAUGGCAAGUGAUUCUGCAGAGUACAGUGGGGACGAAAAUGUACCGCUUUACGAGAAGAAGCGAGUCGGACUAGACACUGAGAGGAACAAACCGACUAUUCCUGCUGAUGACGACAUCAUGACCUUGAUAUCUUCUCUUCCAGAAGAUAAAGCGGAGGAUGGCGCACUUGUAGGCGUGGGAAAAAGAACCAGACGAGAUACAGCGAAAAACAGCUGUGUACAAGAAAUCAUAUACAAGAUAAUCGACAAUAAAGCUGUAAAAACGGUGGUUUGCGUGGACGGCUGCGAUGAGAUCAGAGGGAUUUACUAUCCUCAGCACAGAGACGAGCCCCAGAUACUUACAGUAGAUUGCAAAAAGAAGGAAAAAGAUACUGUAAAUAAGGUUUUUAGCCAGUAGCUGUAAUUAGA